CCUAUUGUCUUCGUAAAUCCGUUUUACACAAAGUUAAUUUGAAUGGCGGAAAUGCAAGCUAUGUAAGUUUAAAUCCAUUCAGCUGGGUUGUGCAUUGUUGAGUAAGUGAAAACAAUUCUUUUCCUGGUGAUAAACAAGCAAGUAGACCAUAGACACAUUUAAACGUAAUAAUUAUUUCGUGUAAAAGGUAUAGAGCGACAAGUAAGUGUGGGUCGAACGAGCCCAAUUUCGAUACUACCACGAUACUGUAUGUGUCUUUCACAGUGGUUGUGUUGUGUUGUUUGACAGGAAACAAGCUUAUCUUUUUUUGUUUGUGUUCUUUAUUACGACAUUUUUGAACCCGGCCAUGUGGGUAUGUUGAGUACGUGGACCUCAUGAUGCGUUUUAUGUCACUUGGCGUCAGGUCAUUUUUCCAGACAUGUCGCCCUUUCGUGACGUCAUUAACUCACUUAUAAAAUGCACAAAACCCACUGGUCGUGAUUUUAUUAGGAAAAACAAGUUAUUACGCUGACUACUUUGUAUCAUGCUUGUUAAAAACCUCUGCCGGAGAGCUGUUUUGUGUUCCCUCACAGCGGCCAAUCAGUGCGCAUGUCAUUGAGAGGUCCGUUACCACGGCAACAGCACACAACCGACGAACGCAGAUCACUGGCCUGGAUUUGGAGAGGGGUGAAGCCUUAUGUUUAAACUCAGAAGAUGUUGCAAUCCAGAAAGAUGGGUUUGGCUGAGGCCAGUGAAAUGCACCCCAACCAGAUUCUGGAACUACUGGACACAAGCAUGACAACCCAAAAGCUACCCAUGGUGGAAGUGGAUCAGACACUUUUUCAACCCUUCCCACCUGAGUUGGUUUUCCAGAACUUCAUGGCUGCACAGUCUUACAAGUUGCAGUUGCAGCUGUUUAACAAUGACAAGGUGUCACGCCAUGUGAAGCUGGAGCGUCAGGCGUCACCUUAUUUCUUUGUUGAAGGUCCAAAGGAGGCGAAGAGUAAAGUUGCAGCAGGACUGUGUGUGACUUUUACGGUGUGCUUCACUCCAUUGGAAAACAAGGACUACCACCAUAAACUGGUUUUCGUGACUGAAAGGGAGCAGUUUGAGGUGCCCAUCCGUGCCAUUGGACCAAGAGCCAGUCUGAACUUUCGCAAUGAGUUGCAUUUACCAGUGUGCUUUGUAAAAGCCUCCACACAGAAGACUCAGCUUGUACGCAACCUAGGAAACCGAAUAGGCAUCUUCAAGCUACAUACUCAGAGUCCUUUUUCAGUAACUCCCUCCUCCGGAACUCUUGACAUUGGCGAGGGCAUGCAGGUCACUGUGGCUUUUAAUCCGAUGACCAUAGGAGACCACCGUCAGGAUCUGCUGCUGCUAUAUGACACUGGUGAAGACGUGCAUAUAACCCUGCACGGUUCCUGUGAGGAGUUGUCCCUCCAUCUUAUCCCUGAAUACCUUCAUUUGGAAAAGACAUAUAUGUCCUUGUCAAACACACACACCGUGUGCCUCACCAAUACUAGUGAUAUCACUCUUAAAUACCGGUGGACGACAUGGGCAAGUCAACAAGAAGAGAACAUGGAUAGCUCAGUGCUUGGUCAGUGCCGGUCUGAAUCCCCAGGCAUAAAUCAGCCUCUCCCAUCCUUACUCUCUCUCUCACAAGGGUGCAUAACAGUGGAACCAGCGGUGGGAGAAAUAUGGCCAAAAACCACAUCGCGUUUCAGCGUUGUCUUCAAGCCCAAGGAAGCCAAAAUAUAUCAACAAACUGUAUUUUGUGAUGUCACAGGCCAAACAUCUCAUGUCCCCCUGACAAUCAAGGGUGAGGGUUUGGGACCUGAAGUGCAGAUUAACUGUAACCUAAUGGAUAUGAAAACCAUAUUCAUAGGUCAAACAGUGUCUUAUGAGGUGCAACUUCUCAACAGUGGGCUGAUUGAGGCACCUUUUAUGCUAUUAAGUCCCAACUCUACAUUUGGUCAGUUUUUCUCAUUUACUCCCAAGGAAGGUGUUGUUUCUUCCGGGGCUUGUCAAAUUGUAAAAGUCACCUUCCAUUGUGACAUCCUGGGAGCUUUCGCUGAGGACUUACUGCUAAGUAUUACAGGACAGCCUCAACCACUCACAAUGACUUUCAGGGGUUGUGUCAUUGGGCCCACAUUCCACUUCAAUGUUUCAAAGCUGAAUUUUGGAGAGGUAUCAUUUGGUUUCCCCCAAACAGAAACGUGUUUGCUCAUCAACAAAUCAUUUGUUCCUAUGACCUUUUCCCUGCGUGUUUUGGGAGAUGGGGUGGGAUCCACCAGUGUGACGAGUGACCAACAGGUGUGCGAGCUGUGCAGGAACAAUUGGCAAGGCACUUCUGAUAACGACCUCAGUGCAAGGCCUGUUGAGUUCACCGUCAUUCCUACAUCCGGUUCUGUGCGUGCCAUGUCAGAUGUCAGCAUUAAGGUGACAUUGUGCUCCAACACAGUCAAACAGUACAGAGUGGCUCUGGCGGUAGACAUUGAGAAUGUUGGAAAAGAAGUCAUGGCUCUGCCCAUCACUGCGAGGUGUAUUGUUCCUGAUGUAAUAGUGGAAACACCAUUAUUGGACUUUCAGAAGUGUUUCAUUAAUCACCCUUAUGAAAACAAAGCACGCCUGACAAACCCUGGUUCUCUUCCUGUCUGCUAUGGAAUGUUGGAGCAGGAAUAUGACGAGAGUUCUUCGAUGGUGUUUGGGAGUUCUUUAUCAAGGGGAGUGAUUCCUCCUCAAAGUUCAGCAGACCUUCCUGUGUAUAUGCUAGUAAAGUACAUGGGAAAGCAACAUCACACUCUUUACAUCGCUCUGUUUGGCAGCAUCCACUCACCGCUGGAGAUUGACUUGACGUGCAUUGGGUGUGGUCCGAUAGUUCACAUCCAGAGCCAACAACUGGAGUUCGGCAAAAUCCCUGUUCUGACGGACAUCGUUAAAAUAUUUUCCCUAUCUAACCAGUCACCUAUCCCAGCAUGCUUUACAGCCUGCAUGAGUCAGGUCAAGUCCUGUUGGUGUGUUGAACCCAACAAGGGGGAAGUGCCACCACAAGGCCAACUGGAUCUUAGAAUUGUAGCACAUCUGAAAGAUACACUCUCGUUCCAAGAAAAACUUGAAAUUUCUGUCCAAGGCGGUCAAACACACAUUGUUGCUCUCUCUGCAACAGGCACUGGCACCACAAUUGUCAGCGACAAACCCAUAUCCCCCAAUCUGGACCUUGGCACACACUUCAGCCAUGGUUCAUGCAAAUUCCAUUUCAAGCUGACCAACUGGGGUCAAAGAGUACAUCGGCUUUACUGGAAGUCUGAAUGCUCAUCUGGUCGGACGUUCCUGCCCUCCAUCUCAUCUUCAAAAAAAAAGGAUCCUGUUGCCAAUGGAUCCUGGGCACCCUCAGCCGAAUAUAAACCAGUGUUCAGCAUGAGCCCAACACGUGUGGAACUCUUUCCGGGGGACUCAGUUGACAUGUUGCUGGAAGGAUCUUCAGAUUCACCCAAAGUUGUGAGGGAGUAUCUUGUCUGCUGUGGCAUUGUAGGCCUCCAGGGCUUUAAGGAACAUAUUAUGUCUGUUGAUUUGACAUGCCAUUUUGUGACACCUAUGCUCAAGAUGUCCUCCCAGAAGUUGACUUACUACAUAGAAAAGCACCCAAGCGAGAGUCUUACGCCACUAUAUGAGGAGCUAGUUUUAAAGAAUGUUUCAUCUUUAUGUCUAUCCAUGGAACUCUUUCUUGCCACUCCUUUCUCACUGUGUGAGGCCCAGGGAGCCCACAAUACUGCUACCGCUAAGAAUAUGACUUUAAAUCAGGGGGAAGAGGCUCACUUGUGGAUUUGUUUUGAUCCAACUCACUAUCAAGGUUCGUUGUCACAAGUUGUGGAUAAGGACCUAAAAAUUCACUACAUUGGACACCCACAAGAAGACAAGGUGGAGCUGCAUGCUGAAGUCCAUUUUCCCAACCUCCAUUUUUCCUCCACCACAGUAGAUUUUGGUAGUGUGCUUAACUCCACAGAAAAUCAGAGGGAGGUGACAAUGACAAACUGCUCUCCACUGGCUGUUGGUUACCAUUGGUCCUGUUUAGUGGAUCACGCACACUGUGCCCUCAGGUCCUCUGCGCACUCUCCAGGUGCUCUCAGCCACAGACCUGUUUCCCAAAACCGAGAUGUGUCACAAUGCUCUGUUUGUGUGCAAGAGGUGUUUGAUGUAUUGCCAAUGUAUGGUCAUCUGCAACCUGGCGAGCAACAGGUGGUGACAUUCAUUUUCCACGGCCAGGACUUUGUCAGUCGAGAGGUGAUAGCACAGUGCCAGGUGGAGCAUGGCCCAAUAUAUGACAUUAGACUCAAGGGAGAAGCAUCAGAGAUCAGCUUCAGCCUUGACUCAAUCACCGUUGACUUUGGUCUGCAGCGUUUUGAUCAAAUUGGGGAAUCGAGCAUAAUUCUAAGAAAUACUGGAAAAGUGGGUUUCAAAUUCAGUAUUGAAAGGCCUGAAAAGGAGAAUACUUCAGUGGAGCAGUCACAGUCAGAUGUAACUCCGGAAACAUCAUAUGAGCAGAAAGAAGAGAUCCAACCUGGGCAACCCAUGGUCAUCCCCCCAACAGGUUACAUUGAUGCUGGCUCACAGCAUUCCCUGUGUGUGCUCUACCUCCCUGGCAUCCCUACAAAGUUUGAGGAGCAGCUUCAACUGGUGGUGGCUCACUUACCUCCACAAGUUAUCACGCUCAAAGGAGAGGGAGUGUUCCCACGGAUCUCCUUGAAUUUGCCUCGGAACCUUGCAAAGGAAUCCCACAGUGAUGUGGCUGAGAGGGUCAGAACAGCCAUGCAAGCACAGGUUACUCAUGUCCCUAAUCAUACAGAGUUGUUUUAUAUGGAGAUUGAGAACAUGCUGGUCACAGAAAAUGCUUUGGCCGUGAGCAAGAACCUUGUGGAGUUUGGGAACAGUCAAGGUUCCACCAAAAAAUGGAGCAAACUCAGCAAGUUCUGCCUUCCCGAGUUUGUUUUGGAUUUUGGUUAUGUUGUUCCAAGCCAAGUCCUCAAAAAAACUGUUAGUUUGACCAAUAACGGGUCAUUACCUGUGUCCUUCCACGCCAACAACAAAGUCACUGAUGGUUUCAGGGUAGAGUUUGGUAGCGUAAAAAACCUUUCUUGUGGUGAGUCAGAGUCUUUCACUGUGGAAUUUGAUCCUCGAAGAGGAAACCUGCCAAUGGGGAUCAGAAGUGCGGUCAUUCCAAUUCAGGUCAUAGGUGCCCCAUCAGUGCAGGUACGUCUGUGUGCUGUGGUGACCGUCCCGUCGAUCUCUGUUUCCACAGAAAUACUGGAGUUUGAAAAUGUGCGGUGUGGCAUGUGUAAGAUUCUGAUACUACAGCUACAUAAUCAUGAAUCUGUGCCAUGCAAAUGGAGCAUAAUUGAAGAUAUAAAGCCUGUAAAGGUUGAUAAGUUCUUGCCCCUCCACCAGCUGAGCAAGUUCCUGCAGCAGAACCGGCCACCACCUCUGAUGUUUGAGAUGACCCCUUCUUCCGGCAUGCUUUCCCCUGGCGAGCGGGCCAAUAUCCAAGUCAAGUUCAGUCCUAUUGAGGGGUGCUUUUACAAGAGAGAUUUAAUCAUCCAUGUGACUGAGGGUGCCCACCCAGUGGUGGUCACAGCCCAGGGACAGGGUGAAGACCCACAGCUAGUGUUCUGCCCACCAGAUCUACACAUGGGGCCUUGCCUACCAUUCAGUAUGGAGAUUGAAGCAGAGGUCACUGUCCAAAAUCCCUGCUCUUUCCCCGUGGAGUUCUACUCUCUUGAGUUUGACACACAAUAUCGUAAGGAAGAGGAGAUCCUUAAUCUAAUGGAUGCAUAUGACAUGAACGGUAUACUGCUGCUUCCUCUGAGACAAGCCGGGGAGAGUCUUCCAGUAGAACUUCUGGAGUAUUACAAAGAUCACUGCCCUCAUUUAAAAGACAAUGAUGCAAACGCGUCUGGGAUGUGUCAGCAAAAAUUGAGGCAGCGCAAAAAGGGUUCACACAAAGCUGAACAGAUCCUUUCAGAUAUCUUCAAAGCAAGAGAAACUGGAACUCUGGGAACGCUACAGAUAAACCCCAUCUCUAGAGCUCUUGCCCGGCAUUUUGAUAUUGACCUAUCACCCGAGGGUCUUGCUGCCCUGAACUGUAGAGGCAUUGCUAUUAUAGUCCAUGGAGCACCUCUGACAGGUCAAAGCAGCAAAGCGGCCGCUCUGGGAAAUUACUAUGGAGCUGCAUCCUUACAUGUGGAUGCUGUGUUCGCUAAUGCGCUGAGAAAUGGUACCUCUCUUGUUAGCCUGGCUGCAAGACAUCUGUUUAAACGUGCUGCUGCGGAACAUGCUAUGAGGAUGGAAGAGGCUGCUCAAAUAUCUGCAAACAUUGGUGCAUCAGGAACUGUUUCCUCUGGCUCACCUACUGAAGGCACGGAAGCAACGCUCAGCUCAGGUGCAGCGGAAGCUCCUUCAAAGCCAAUCGAGAGCAGCGUCUCUGAAUCCAAAACACCUCGGGAGAAAGGCGGCACACGGCCUACAAACACCCCACAAGCUAGCCUGGCAAUCGAUAAGGACACACUCAGCAAUCUCUUGCCUGAACAGCUCCUUGUUGGUAUCCUUGCAGAGAGGUUUCAGUUAGCCGACUGUUACUGUGGCCUUGUAAUUUAUGGUCUUGAUUCGGUCUACACCAAGUCAGUGGUAUACUGUCUUCAAGUUGUUCUCAAGGCCAUUAAUAACCGUAAGCACAUCUAUCUUGUCAACUUAUAUGACUCCUACAACGCCCUGAAAGCUCGGAAAAAAGCACAAAGAAAGGCUGAGGAUGCCUUAUUGAAGGAAAAAGCUGAAAUGGAGGAAAAGUGGCUGCAAAACAUGGAUGAGGAGGAAUAUGAAUCUCUGCCGCAGUCGGAGAAGGAGCUUAUUAUUGAAAAACAGAAACAAAAGACACUCAAGUUUUUGGAGAAAAUCAAGAAAUCACAGAAGGAUAAGAAGCAGCUUGAGGAAAUGAAGAAACUGAAACAAGAGGAGUUAAAAAAGAAGGGUAAAAAGCCUGGAGCUAAAGAAAGUAAACAAGCAGCAAGGAAGAAGGGUUCAAUGGAGAGUAAGCAGUCAAUGAGUGCAUCUGGUACCAGAAUGUCCUCUAAAGACUCACAUGACAAGAAAGACCAAUCCUCUUCCAAUGAAGCAAAUCAAAGUGCUGACCCUAAGAAAGAUGAUGCCAACCAACUCGAAAUACCUGGAGGGAGAGAAGAGCCAAAGGAAGAUAGGCUAUACAAUCUGUUUAAUGCGUAUGAACGUAGCCAGAUCCAGGUGGAGCACAUUCUCCAACACUGGGAUCGUGCCCAAAAGUUAUUGCGGGUUCCAAUUCCCGGUACAGAGCUUGUACCAGGUGCAGAUGAUGCCCCGGCAGAGAAACAGGCUCAUUCAGGAAAGAAGAGCAAAAAAUCCACUAGCAAGAUUCCGUCUCCGUACAGUCACAUGGAACCAGCAAACAAAACGGACAAGACAAUAGAAAAACCAAUCGUCAUCCCUCACAUCAUUCUUAAACUCACUGGCAAAGAUUAUCCAGAUGUGCAUGACCUGCUCAAAAACCAAUCUCUUCCCCCACUUGAUGAGAUACUGGAUGAGUUAGGGAUGGGAUCAAGCACACUAACCAUCCCUCCUCCUAUUACAUUGUCACUGGUCCGUCUUCCCAAAAACAGGGAACGAACUAACAGACCGCUAAACUGCAAUUGCUUCACCUUUUUAAGUCGUCCUUCCCCAGAUGAACUAGAUGAAAGGAAAGAGGAAGAUGAUGAUGAUGUACAAACAUCAAAGGUGCAUCGUGGUCGCAACAAAGCUAGUGCCAAACUGUCCGCACUUAAGGAUAAGGAUAAGAAGGGCAGAGAGAGUCAGAAGAGCGUGAAACGACCAGCACCCCUUCCCAAAGUCAGGGGCUUGGAGCAAUCCUUAAAUUCUUCUACACUUGACAUACCUGACCAAGACCCUCUAAGUGCAAGCAUCGAGCAGAAACGCAGCCAGAGCCUAACAUCAUUUCGCUGGGUUGUACCUGCCAAUGGACAAGUGGUGUUAAAGAUAUGGUUUUACACCAGCUCCCCUGGAACAUUUGAACAGAUCUUUCACUUUGAACUUCUGGGGAAUCAGAAAGUCUACCAACUGCUCUGUAGAGGAAUUUGCACAUAUCCCUCAUUCUGCCAAGACUACAAGAUUCUUUUUCCCUAUUGUCAAGAAGUGCCAAAACUCACCACAGGGCUUCAGAAGACCUAUGUUGUCAAUCCUGGAUUCUAUGACUUUGGUCCAUUACUUUGUAGCAAGACCAGAGACAGGUUCAAGGAUAAUCGAUAUUCAGAGAACACUGAGAGACUGGUGAUCAGAAAUAACUCAGGACUUGAGACUGAAGUUCAGUUUAAUUUCCAGAAUGACACUCAGGCCACCACAUAUAUGCUGGAUCCUCCGAUCAUGACCCUGCAACCUGACCAGGAACAGAAUUUGACAGUCUGGGCUUACCCAACGACUGCGGGUGAAGUCAAGGACAACAUUGUUUGCUGUGUCAGGGACAAUCCAGAGGUUUUCAUCAUUUCAUUGUGCUGCUUUGGAGUGCGACCGGAGCUGGAGCUAGAAAGCAAGCGUCUGAAUUUCAACAGGGUUUUACUUCACAGACAGGAGAGUCGAAGUCUGAAGAUCCAUAACAGGACACCGCUGCCAAUAUCUUGGAGAUUGCAGGGCAUGGAGGAGCUCGGUGAUGAGUUUAGUCUGUCUCAGGAUCACAGUAUCAUCCCAGAACAAUCGUCCCUUCUCAUAACCAUGCAUUUCAUGGCCAAAAAACCCAACACUUACAAAAAGCAUUUACGCUUUGAGGUCUUGGAUGUAGAUAAUAUUUUAGGCAUCUUAUACACUGAAAAAAUACAGGUUUCUGCAGAAGCCUUUGAUAUAGCCAUGGACAUCACACCAGAUCACUGUCUGGACUUUGGUACUAUCAAAGUCUUUGAAGAGGUUGAGCGUACCAUCAAACUGAAAAACCAAGGAAAAUAUGAAUUUGCAUACAAGAUUUUAAUUGUGGAGAAAAACCUUGGCAAAACAGACAUAAAAUCCGCUUUCAAGGUGUCCCCCUCAAGUGGUACCUUAUUGCCUCGCAAAAAGUACACAUCGAUUCAGAUCCUUUGCAGUCCCCAGCAGGAAAUCUCAAUCAGAGACAAAACUGUCCUAUCCUGUCAGGUGAUUGAACCCAGUAUUGGGGAAGGAGGGCAUGUCGUUGCCAUUCUGCCCAUCAAUGUUUCAGUCCAUGCUGUCUUCUCCAGGUACACAAUCUCACCAAUGUGUGACCUUAAUUUUGGCCCUCUGUUUCUUGGCACAAAGAAAAGCCAAACAUUCAUUAUUGAGAACAAUGGCCUGUUUGAGUUCCACUUCACGGUCAGUGCAGGUGUUGACGUUUGCCCACCAACAAAGCCGAGUUGUUUGCCUCAAGUUAAGAGGACUACCCGUGAGAGUGGUUCAGAAAGAUCUCAUGCAACUGGGAGCAGAAUGAGGAGUGAGCAGAAAGAUGCAAGCGUCUCACAGAAUCGACUAAGCACAGGGGUGUUUGCAGUUUUCCCUUGCACCGGAAUCAUUCCACCUAGGAACCGGAUGGUGGUCACAGUUGAUUGUAUUGCUGAACAAGAAGGCAACUGGAGACAAAGUUUGCUUCUUGACAUCAGUGGCCGGAACCCUUCAGACCAACCAGAGGGCAUACCAUACAAACUGAUAGCUGAAGUCUGUCUUCCAGGCAUUGUGGCAGACAUGGCUUCCAUCUUCGAAGAGCACCAUUUGUGUAAAAACAGCACUCAGAUCUCCUCGGAACAGUUUUUCAAAGCUGAACGAAUUUAUGUCCUGGAUGAGAAAAAGUUUAUUUUCAACAGAACUCUUUUGGGGCGAACUGCUCAAGCUCGUUUCAAACUCACCAACAAGAACAAAGUGCCUUUCACACUCAACUUGACAAUCAAAUAUUCUGGGAUGAAGAUGUCAAGCAAUGUAGACAUUUUUGAAUUGUCUACGCCAACACUGUUCAUUCCUGGGCAAUCACACGCAUUCGCUGUUGUAAGCUUCACACCGCAUACACUGCAGCUUUACAAUGCUUCGUUUGAAGCCACACUCGAUAAAAACAUCAGAAUGUCAACAAACGUAAAGGAGAAGGACAAUAAGGUCCUGGACUUUGAGCUAAUUGGUGAAGGCUGUCUGCCACUUGUGUCUGUUGUACAUCCGACCCUGUUAAACAACGAAUUGAAUCCUGUCUUGCGCUUCAAGCGGACAUUGGUAGGGCGCGCGAAUACCCAACCCUUGGUGCUGCUAAAUGAUGGCAUUGUGCCCGCUCAGGUUCUGAUUGAAAUGACAGAUAAACACAAAGUGUUAACUGUCAGAGAAGCUCCCGGUAACACUUGCGGUGCUAUCUACAUCACUCAAAUAGAGGACACAAUUGACUCAGAACGUCAGUUUGUACACAAAGCAAGCGUGACACUGGACGUUACAGAGCGGGUGAAAUUUGAGGUCACCUUCUCCUCCGAUGAACCUCUGACUGUGGAGGACAAGAUUUCACUUCGAGUGGAGGGCAGUCAGUACAGCAAUGUGACUAUACCAGUUAUAGGAGAGGCUUACCAAGAUCUUAUCACUUUUGACAACAUCGGCGGGUUGGUGCAGGAAAUUUAUAAGAACAAUGAGGUGGAAGAUACCUAUGAAUUACUCAAUUAUGGGGACUGCAACGUAGAUUGUCCUGUGCAAAAUAGUUUCACUAUGACCAACCACAGCAGAAACCAGGUGGUGAGGUUUGAGUGGAAUUAUGAUGACCCCAAUGUCACCAUUUCACCAGAGGUGGGACAUCUCCAUGCUGGUUGUUCCAAAGAAGUGACUGUCGUCUUCUGCUCCAAAGAGCCAGUAACACUGGUAAAACAACUAAUGGUCUGCAAGCUUUGUCAGUUGACGUUCCAGCAGCCACUUGAUCAGGUUCCUGACUGGGAUAGCCAAAAGAAAGCAUCGCAUGCUUCACGGACACAAACACAACAAACUGUGAAGCAUAAAAUGGUAAAACCACAUGUUGAACCAAGCUGUUCUGUUGUCAAAGGUUCAGACUGGGAGUUGGGUUUGCUUAUCAGUGUAGUUUGUGACUUUGUCAAGUUCAGCUGCAACUCAGAAACCAUCAAGUUCAAAGACACCUUGACUUACCAAACCAGCACUGAAGAGAUUAAAAUAGUUAACGACGGCAUUGUGAAACUGCAAUUUUCUUGGCAAAUCUCAAUGGAUCCCAGCAGCAUCCCAGUCAGGCAAAACCAAGAAGUUGCAGAUGAAACCCUCACCUCUCAGCCAAGCGGCAUAUCCUCAAGGGCCUUGACCGAAGAAAAUCCUGACAGCACUCUAGCCAGCGAGAUGUCUGUUUGGAUGCAGGACUCUCCUUUCACUGUGGAGCCAAAUAUUGGAGCCAUCUUGCCGGGUGCUACUCAGAGCUUCUGCAUUACAUUUUCACCAAAGGUUGCUGGCCAGUUCAAGGGCAUAUUGCUCUGCAGUAUCCCCAAUUUGCGAGAGGAAGAUGAUACACCUUGUAUUUCAAUCAGUGGUUGCAGCAAAUUACCAAAUUGUCACUUUGAUCUUGAAGUAUCUGACUACUUAAGUGGCAACCGCCGCAACUCUAAGUUCAGGAAUUAUUUGAACCCAAACAUCAGAGUGAUAGAACUCACUACCGUUGGUCUCUACACCCCAACGACACGAUGCUUUACUGUCUUGAACCCAAAUAGUGUACCCUACUUCUAUGAGUGGAGGUGUGAAGACACUGGUAACAGUCCAUUUAACUGCCUAACCCCACGUGGAACUAUUUUGCCUGGAGAGAAGUCAAAGGUGUGCUUUAAAUAUGUGGCGAGACAGGUGGACGAUGUGGAGUCAUCAUGGAGCUUUGUGAUUAGGACCCUGUCACUAUCUGUUCCUUUCCUCUGUGUGGGCAUCAUGAGAGAACCUAUUGUCUACUUUGACAAGUCUCACAUUGACUUUGGAGAACAACUUGUUGGUAAUAAAGUGUCUCAGAAAGUGGAUCUCGUGAAUGGCGAGGAGGAACCUUUUCACUUCACUGUUUUGCAGCCAUCAUUGCUCUGUGAUGACCAGCAUUCGAGACUCAUUUUGAAGCCCAUGAGUGGCACAGUGGCACCCAAAGACAGGCUGCCGUUGACAGUGUCCUUCAGCCCUUGUCAAAAGGGCUACGUUAGCUUCAAACUCACCCUGAGUGUGAAGAGAAAGUCACAGCUUCUCAUUCUUACAUGUAAGGCAGAUUGUAUUACAAUGACUGCUUCUGUUCAAGUAGAAAAUCCAGACGGAGGCCUCAGGGAGAUCAGUCCUGAUGUUAUAGAUAUUUUGGACUUUGGAAAGGUGGGCAUUUUAGAGCAAGCUAAUUUUAAUAUCCUGGUCUCCAAUACUGGAAAGUACAACAUGGAUGUGAACCUUGAACUGGAAGGGCCGGGUGAGCUGCUUCAACAUUUAGUGGCAAAACCAAAAAAUGCUACAAAAGCUGCUGGGGAGCAGCUGCAGUGUUCAGUCUUCUUUUCUCCUCGGAACACUUGCACCCUCAAAGAUGUCAGACUGACUAUCAAGGUCAAAAAUGGUCCAUCGUUUACCAUGGCUUUUGAAGGCAGUGGUGUCACACCAGACCUGGAAUUUUCGUUCAAAACAUACAACUUUGGAAAGCAUUUUCUGUUUUGUCCUGGCAUGACCCCAGCCUCCCAAAAUCUAGUGAUCACAAAUAAGAGCAACAGGAACAUCAGUGUCAAGUGCCAAUACAGAAAUACCUCUUUCCUGGAGAUUGACUUUAAAGCAGAUGUUUUGUCCCCUGGUGCUGUGGUGGAUGUUCCUAUCACCUUUUACCCUCGUGAGCCACGGUGUUACAAUGAAAAGGUCACCUUUUUAUUAAACAGCUGUGUUAAAGAACAAGUGGACAUUUUGGGACAAGGCAUCAAACUACAGUUUGAGGUAUUGUCUCCAAAGUCCAAGAAGGUGAAACUUGGAACUCUGUCAGUGGGACAAAAAGUGACUAAACGGGUCCACCUGGCCAACCGCUGUAUAUUGGACAUUCCUUACACAUUGCAGAUUGACAAGUUGGACCCCAAAAAUCUAUCACUCAGCCCAGCAGGCCAGCAGUGCAUUGCAGCUAAUACCGGCUCAUGUAUUGUUGAGAUCCACUUUACACCCUGUACAGAUAUACCUCCCUUUACUGCAGAGCUGCAGGCUGAUAUUAAAGGCUAUAUACUCCCCCUGCUGACCAUCCAGGGUUGCUGCAAGAUUGUGAAAGUGAAUCUGGAACAGGACCACCUUGGAUUUGGACCAAUCGUCCAGCACUGCCAGGCCAAAAAAAAAGUUCUCAUGCUCAAUACAGGAGAACUUUGUGCCCGAUUCCACUGGAAAACUGCAGACUUUCCUCCAGAAUUGUCCAUCACGCCGACCAGAGGCUCUAUCCAACCUGGAAUGGGGGUCCCCAUAGAAUUGACGUUUGCUCCAAAGAGCUUGAAUAAUGACACAAGAUAUGAAAACUUAUCUUGCUACAUCGAAGGCUCCUCUUCACCCAUUACCCUCACUGUGACCGGCACCUGUAUUGCAACCCCCUACAACAAAGAGCUGGUGAGUUUUGUUUGCCCGGUACGUGGUUCUCAAACUCAGACACUGGUUGUGGUCAACCCCACAAACCAACGUUGCAACAUUCGGCCUGUCAUUAAAGGCGAGUACUGGAGAGCUGCACCCUCUGUAGCUCUGGAGCCCCUCCAAAGCAGCAUAUAUGAGAUAACCUACACACCACUGUGCAUGACUACUGAUGGAAAGAAACACUUGGGGUCAGUAUUUUUCUCAUUUCCCAAUGGAUCUGGCAUGUGGUACUCGCUACAAGGAACUGCUGAGGCUCCUAAAGCAGAGAACACCAUUAUACAUGAACUGCCUGCUAAGACCCAAUACACACAGAUACUCCCCGUGAUGAACUGGUUCUCAAAGCAGAAACGCUUCCUGGUUACACUAGAGUUCCUGAAACCUGACAAUCCAGAUUCUACAGUGUCCCUGAAGGGUCGUGAGUACAUUGAUGUCCCUGCUCUGUCCAAGAAGGACUAUAAGAUUCAUUUUUACACAUACCGAGAGGGUCAAUUCAAUGCAAAGGUGACAUUUCUGAAUAAGGAGUCAGGCGAAUACUUGUUCUACAUCAUUAACUUCAAAGUGACAACUCCGGUAGACUUGUACACCAUAGAACUGGUGACAAAUGUCCGCGAGAAGACUUCGGCCACAAUAGAAGUGCAGAACCCCCUAAACACGUCCAUCUGCCUCACCGUUGAGUGUAAAUGCCCUGACAUCAGUGCUCCAAGCCAACACGUGGUGCCAGGGCUAUCAAAGGGUGCUCUGACCUUCGACUACCAGCCUUUACGUGCAGGCGAAUCGACUUCUCGACUGUCACUGUUUUGCAACGAUCUAGGUUACUUUUAUUAUGGUCUUCUUCUUCGAGCUCUGCCUCAACCACCAGAAAAGGCUCCUCGCUUCAGUGCUCCUCUGGGCAGCAACCAUGUUAUUUCCAUCAAUUUUCUCAAUUAUUCCCACUUUAAAACAGAAUUUGCUUGCAAGACUGACUGUCCGGCCUUCACGGUGGGCAAGAGUGUGACUGCCAGUAAUCAAACAGGCUCAAAUGUCAGUGUGGAAGUUACUUUUGAGCCAUAUCAACUGGGUGAGGUGAAAGGUCAACUCAACCUGUUCUCUGGAGUUGGUGGUGAAUACGUCUUCCUAUUACGUGGAAAUGGCUUGCCUCCCAAAACACAAGGCCCGUUCAACAUUAGGACCGGCCGAAGCGUCACAAUCCCCUUCAAGAAUGUGUUCCUGCAGACCACAACCUUCUCUUUUCAGGUGGACAACCCCUGUUUUUCUGUUAAAAAAGCAGACACUAUCCCUUCAAAAAAGAUCCAGAAUAUCCAAGUGUCCUUUGCGGCACCUGAAGGAGGCUCAUCAGGCCCGUGGAUUGGCAAAUUGACCAUUUCCAACCAGUGCUCUGAGGGACAAAGUCGGGACAGAGUCUCCUCAUGGGUAUAUUACUUGAGGGGAAAUCUGCUGGAGUCAUCCUAGACCUAUUAUCUAUGAUAAUCAUGUUUUCAGUUUAUAUUUUCACCAAUGCUUUACCUUAUAUAAUGUAUUUUAAUACAUGUAUUAGUUGUCAUAGUAGUGUAGUGUACACUUUUGUAAAGAAAUGUUGGCAGACAGCAUGACAUAGUAACAACCACAAGAGGGCACUCAUGUCUCUUAAUUCUUAAAUUACUGUUUUGUCUGUCACCAAAGUUACAAUUUGUUACAUUUUAGUGGCCAUAUAAGUUGUAUUGCUGUAGCAAUAAAUAAUGUUAGUCCCACAUAUUCAGAAAUAACACGGUUCAGUAUCUUCUGCAAGGUUAUUUGGACAAUUCACGGUUAUUUGGAUAGAGGAAAAGUUGUAGAGCAAGUCAGUAUACAGUUGUCUUGUAAAAUUUCAUUUAUGAUACUAUUUUGAUUGAUCCGUUCACUGAUCUAAUGUAUGGUGGCUGACAGGGAUAAUACAAAGUAACAACCAAAUGCUCUGACGAUCCAAAACCAAACACAAGACACUUCAAAACCACUGCUGCAAAUUAGAAAUGUUGCAUUUCUCAUUAAACUGCUAAAACUCAAAAGACAAACACUGCAAAUGCCCAAAACACUAAAACAACUACAUAAGAUAAAUAUUGCAAGUUCCUUAAACAAAAGGUUUUACAUUUAAGAGCUAGGAUAUUUAAC